AUGUUUGGAUCAAAGGCAUUCUUGACGGCGCUUGUUUUGCUGCAUGUUGUUCAGUUUACCGAAGGAAAAACUUGGUGGAAGCGCUAUGCUGGCUAUUGUAAUGCAGCAUCUAGCAACUGUGGUGCUGGGUGUAACGUUGAUUCGGAUUGCCCAGGCGGUGCGUGUUGGGCAGACAUGGACGACUGCAGCACAUCAGGCUAUUGCAAUGCGGCAUCUAGCAACUGUGGUGCCGGAUGCAAUAUACAAAGUGAUUGUCCAGGUGGCGAUUGCUGGGCCAACCAUGACGACUGCGGCACAUCAUCAGGACAUUGUAAUGCAGCAUCUAGCAACUGUGGUGCCGGGUGUAGCACUGACGGGGAGUGUCCAGGUGGUGCGUGUUGGGCCAACCAUGACGACUGCGGCACAUCAUCAGGAUAUUGUAAUGCAGCAUCUACCAACUGUGGUGCCGGGUGUAGCACUGACGGAGAGUGUCCAGGUGGUGCGUGUUGGGCAAACCAUGACGACUGCGGCACAACAUCAGGCUAUUGUAAUGCAGCAUCUAGCAACUGUGGUGCCGGGUGUAAUACAGCAAAUGAUUGUCCGGGUGGUGAUUGCUGGGAAAACAUGGACGACUGCGGCGGCACCCCCACAGGAGAUCAUAUUGUCGGAACAUACCUCGGGAUGUUGCCGGGAGGAAUAUCUGCUCCUCCACUGUCCUCUGUACCGAGCGAGGUGAAUUACAUGUUACUGGGUUUUGCUGAAGAUCCAUCACAAACGGGCAAUUUUGAGGCAUUUUCUAUGUGGGUAAGCAUGGGUAUUACCUACGAUAGCAUUACUAGCGACAAAGCGGCGAAUCCAGGCAGAAAGUAUAUGAUCUCCAUUGGUGGAUCAGCAGACAGUGGAGGAACUUUCGGUAUUGCCGGCGGUAUGAGCGUCUCUCAGUGGGUAGACAAUGCAGAUAAUUCUAUUUCCAGUAUAGUAAACAGUUAUAAUGCGGAUGGCGUCGAUAUCCAGGUGAGUAUUUUUCAGUCAUUUUGUUUAUUUUUUAUUGCACAGUCACCCUGCUGGCAGAGCCUUUCUUUUGCUUGCAUGUUCGAGUUUGCCCUUCUCGUGAGACUCUUGAUGAAUGCGCGCGGCAUGUUGCUUGAAUAUAGUUUCCAACCCAGGCCUAAUAAUCAUGUGAUGCCAGAGCGGGCUCAUUUUUGAACAUGGUUUUAUCAAUAAACGGAUACUCGCACUCCAAAAACAACCAGUUUGACGAGUCAACCUGCUCGUAUGUACCCGACACGAAUUAACAGGCUUUUUGUUGUUUAGAAACCUUGAUUCUUGCUCAAAAGCUACUCUUGACUGUAUUUAAACAAGGUAACCUGCUCGUGAUUACUGACGUAAAAAAAGACCACACGAGCAACCAAAUUCGGCAAGGAACUCAGUGUCAAGUAAAACUUGCUCGUAGUAAGGAGUUUUAAGUUUGUCUUUUCUAUCUUAGUUUGAAGGCGGAACAUCAGACCCCGAUUUCUCCACGGCAAUCCCACAGCUUGUACAACGUUUGAAAGCCCGAGGCUUUCUAGUUUCAGUCGGACCUUUCUACGGUGGAACAUGGAAUGACUACAUCAGCCUGCCGUUGAACGACGUCGACUAUGUAUUUUGUCAGUUCUAUGCCAAAAACUUGCAGUCAGUGGAUAGCGUGGUGAGCGACAUAACAAGUGCGGCAAACGAUCUGGGUAGUUGGAGCAAGCUUAUCGCCGGGUUUAACUCCAACAACAGAAACCCUAACCCCUCCACAUCAUUGCAAGCCGUCUAUCAACUCAAAAGCUCUCUCAAGGGAACAUUCACAUGGACUGCUGAAGAUUCUCAGUCUAACUCGCCUCCAUAUUGCAUUGAGAAAAACUCCGCAAACAUUUUGAACAACAACCAGCAGCCUGGGUCAUGUAAUUGGUAA